AGAGAGAGAGAGAGAGAGAAUCUGCUUACUUACUCCCAGUUUGCCUCAACUCCAGAAACUUAGCGUGUCUGCUUUCCUUUCCUUUUCUUAACCCUUUUUUUAAAUUUUUGUAGGGGCUCAAAGCUUUGUGGGUGAUUUCAGGAUUUGGAGUGUCUCAUCUGGGUUUUGUCAGAAAACGAGUGUGCGUUCAGUAAUUCAGGGACACAGCUAGCUAGCUACCUAGCUAGCCACUUUCCAGGUGGUUUUUCCUUGGCUCUUCAAGUUCCAAACCACAAUGGCUUACACACAGUAGACUGAAGCUGGUGUUUCUUUGGCCUCUCUCCCAAUGGCGCUGUUGUCCUAAUCUGAUGCUGCUGGGUUCGACUGACUUUCUGUAUCUCUGUCUUGAGUGCCAUGGCAUUUGGAUCAAAGAGAGCAUGGAAGUCAGUGGUGCCUCUCCAUUUGAAAGGCAAAUCUUCGCAUCAUUUUUGUUUAUUUCCGAAAGUAAAAUCAGCUGGUCAUGGUCCAGGCAACACACCAGUUUAUCUUAAUGUCUAUGACUUGACACCCAUGAAUGGCUAUGUCUAUUGGGCUGGCUUUGGUAUCUUUCACUCUGGUGUGGAAGUUCAUGGUGUAGAAUAUGCAUUUGGAGCUCACGACUAUCCUACUAGUGGCGUCUUUGAGGUUGAACCCCGGCAAUGCCCAGGCUUCAAGUUUAGGAAGUCAAUAUAUGUUGGAACUACAUGUUUGGAUCCUGUCCAGGUUAGAAAUUUCAUCGAACUUCAAGCUGCAAGCUACAAUGGUGAUACAUAUCACUUAAUUGUCAAGAAUUGCAACCAUUUCUGCAAGGACAUUUGCUACAAGUUGACUGGAAAGUCAAUUCCAAAAUGGGUAAAUCGACUAGCGAAAUUAGGUUCAGUGUUCAACUGUGUAUUACCAGAAGCACUCAAAAUCGCUGCUGUGCAAAAUGACCCAAAUUGCCAAGCAUAUGAUAGUGAAAGAAGAAGGCUGCGAAGUGCCUUCAGUUGCCUGUCUUCGAUCUCAACAAGGCAAAGGCAGUUGUCAACGUCUUCAUUGUUUCUACAGUCCCCCUUAAAAGGUUGCUUUCCGCCCUGGGAAUUAAGGCGGUCUAACAAUGGCUUAUUGAAGGAAAGGUAAGAUGAAGAUAAAUCUUUGAUCAUUGUCACAGAUUCAAGGCACCUCAUAAUAGCUGUAGACCUCCUAAAAAAAGGGCGUGCAUAGAGAGAAACAUUGAAGAGAUUUCAAAGGACCCUUCCAAAUCUCCCAAACAAGGGCUGUUUGGAAGGUAUCUGGCUUACAUAUUUCUAAGUUAGUGUUGAUCCAAGCUAUAUAAGCUUCAGGCGGGGGAAUGUGUGUUAUAGAAGGGCAUCUCUCUCUCAAUAGAUAAAUACUCUACCUGUAAGUGUGUAGUUGGCCGAAUCUGACCUAUUCAUUCAACAGUCUUUACACGCAGAGAGUUAUCAUUUUUGUUACCUUUAUGCUGAUUAUUUUGAAGUCGCUUAUGGAAUUUCAAGGAGUAACUCUCCCGUGAUAACAUGGACGAAUUGUAAAUUCAGAUGUCUUGAGUUUAAAAUUUAAUAACUCUUUA